AUGAAGGAAGCGAUUGCCUCAGAUCUGCAUUGUGAAUUUAAAGACGGGCAAACUACUGCAGUUUACCGACAGGAAUAUCAAUUAAUUUGUAAAGGCGAAGAAGAAAAUGAGAAACUGUUGCAGAGACCAGAAAUAAGAUGCGUGGUUCGGCGUCAAAGAAGGUUCCCCACGGGGUACAAUAUCAACCUGUGUAACCUACAGAGUGUCCAGAACAAACCAGUCCAUGUACAGUCGCUGCCCAAAUCAACAGUUACACAGUUUAAAGACCUGGAACCCCGAAGGUACAACAAAGAUGAACUAGCUGUUGGUAAAACUGGGUUUGAUUGGAGUGGGUACUUUGUGUCGUUGGCAUAUCCUCAGGAGAAGGCAUCGCUUCCGUUAUUAUCUUGUCACCCAGAUUUAUUGCGGAGGCCAACGAAACACAUUUCUCCGCCACUAAAAGAAACGGAACUUCUUUUUAAGAAUUUUUACAAACAGUUGUUUCUGGAGACUUUAUUUUUUCCUACAAUAAAAGAGCAGUAUAUAUUUUAUCUGAAGAAUUUUCCGCUUUUGUUAAAAAAGAAGACUGAAGAAGAUUUUGCGGCAAAAACGAAAUUGAAAACGCCUUCCCCGAAACCCGCCGUGUCCCCAGAAAUAAAACGAGGCAUUCAGUUGAAAUAUCGCCUGCUACACCUCCAGCGGAAACUGGACGAAUUAGAAAAACAGGAACCAGAUACCGUGUUUGAAACGGAACUCCGUAACAGUGAGUUUGAUCCAACAACUUGGGAAUGUAAUAAACUUGUCUGGCCGUUUUAUAUCCCCAAACCUACCAGAGAAAGUCGCAGACGGAAGCUUAUCUCUCCGGAAUAUUUUUAAAUGAUUAUAUACUUUUCAGUGAAUAACCUAAAAAUAAAAAUAUUGCAGCAACU